GCUUUGGCAGAAUUUUGGCAACGCCACUAACUUCCAGCAAAACCAUACUUCAUCCUAAAAGCUGUCUCAAAGCUGGAAGGGCUGCUGCUCAGCUCAGGAUGAUGGUUCCAGUCUCCAAAACUAACCCUACAAGAUACGCACAGGCUCCUACAGGGGACUUCACCAGAUGCCCAGGCUUGGUACAGAGGAGGAGAACUUGGACAUAUUUGGGGAUUCGGUAAUCAGGGACUAGAAUGGAAAACAGUUAGGUAAGAACUAGGGAUGGAAAGGACCAAGGCUACACAUAGGGGGAAGCGAAGUGGAGCCUGUUUGUCAGGGGAGCAGUUAAGUGUCUGAUCCUGCUGUCUGAAAACACAUGUGAACUUGCACACAUAUACAUGCACGCACGCGUUCACACACACACUCAAGCUAAGACCCUUUCAUGCCUGUGAUGGGAUACAUACUCCUCCCAUGCUCCCUCCACCUGCAAAGCUGACUUGUUCAAGCACCUGAGAGUCUGUAUUGAGUACCCAUGCCUCAGCUGAAGCCCUCCGCUGCCCCCUGUAUUCUGUAUGUGACGAAGAGUCCCAACAGUGACUUCUAUAGGCUUAGCAUAUGACAGACUCUAACCUUAAUCUCGUCUUCAUGGCUUCUUACAUCCAAACCCUGUCCCGAGUCUGAAUACAGGCAAAUUGUUAAGCCUAGCUACUUGUUUCUAAGAAACGUGUCAUUAUAGAAAAAUCUGGAAGUAUAAAAUGUAAACUAGAGUAAAGAAACCACUUGACCUCAUACCUAUCCAAGCUUAAAACCCAAACUAUCCCUGCUUUUUGUGACUUGCCAAACACCAUUCUAUCUGAUGUGUAAAGCAACAAAUUCACAGAUCUUAGUCCCAACUAACCUUCUGCCUGCCCAAACAUAACCACAUCCCCUUCCUGGACUCAAAUCUCAACCACGCUCACUCAACCAAAUCCCAAGUCUAAAUUCAUGGGAAAUGUUAAGACUAACCUAGUCCUUAAGCCUAACCUAGCCCACAGCUACUUCUAUUCCCACCCUAUCCUAGCCCAGAUAGGUACUGAUUUUGAUCUUUGGACGUCACCUAAAAAGCCCUUUAGGAAAGUGUUUCCCACCUGACUCUGGCCCUUCUCCCAGCCUCAACUCCUGGUUUCUGGGACACAAGCCCUCCAUUGUCAUCUGCGGACCAGCCUGCCUCUUUAAACCCCCAUCUUUCCCCUUGAUGUUGCCCCUCCAACACUCCAGAUACAGACAGGGCAGACAUUGGCAGGGUCUGCUAGUACAGGCCUGUAAUCCCAGCUACUCAGGAGGCUGAGGCAGAAGGAUCGUAAGUUCACAAGUAGGGAACUUAGGGAGAACCUGUCUCAAAAAACAGAGAAGAGCUGGGGCUGUAAUUCAGUGGUAGAGCACUUGCCUGCAUGUACAGGCCCUGUGUUUAAUUCUAGCACUACCGGAAAAAAAAGGGGGGGGUAUCAAACUUCUAUAUUGCUACUAAGGGGAACACUACGUCUCCUUCAGAUCACGCCCUCAGACCCUCAUCACACCCAGGAGCUGUACCCUAGUGUAUACCCACCACUUCUCACUCCCAGGAGCUGUACCCUAGUGUAUACCCACCACUUCUCACUCCCAGGACCUGUACCCUAGUGUAUACCCACCACUUCUCACUCCCAGGACCUGUACCCUAGUGUAUACCCACCACUUCUCACUCCCAGGACCUGUACCCUAGUGUAUACCCACCACUUCUCACUCCACAAACCCUCUUGGAGCCUUCAGGCCGACCUUGGCUGCAGAACCCUGCUCCUGCCUCACAUGCUGCUGCCUCCCUUCACUCUUCCACGGGGCUCGUGCUCACGCUUGCCAGAAUUAACGUAGGCCAUAGUCCCAUCCCUUAGUUCCUGCUGCAGUGAGACUAGAAGACAUGGAGCAGAGGCUGGGACACACCUGGAACUCCGACAUAAGGUCCCUCAGGCCUGGCCUGCCCCUCUCGGUGUACACACGCACACAAUUUUGGCACAUAGAGUGACAUACAUGCCGAAGACUUUGAGCUGACAGAUGCAGUCAAGUAUCUACUGAUGGACACAGAUGCCAGGACUUCGUCCUUGCAGACAUACCUCCACAUCCACUCUUGGACCAGAAGUGGUUCCCUUCCCCCAUCCCCUCCACCUCCCAUCUGGUCUCUCACCCUCACCCCCCUUCCUAGCCCAAGGUGGGGACAGACACCUGAGGGGCUGCCAAUUGUUCCCCCACUUGGGCCUGGGCCCACCCUCAUACUUCUUGCCCAUCCUGUCCACAGGGGACUCGUGGGGGAUGUUAGCUUGCCUAUGCACGGUGCUCUGGCACCUCCCUGCAGUACCAGCUCUUAAUCGCACAGGAGAUCCAGGGCCUGGCCCCUCCAUCCAGAAAACCUAUGACCUCACCCGCUACCUGGAGCACCAACUCCGCAGCUUGGCUGGGACCUAUCUGAACUACCUGGGGCCCCCUUUCAACGAGCCUGACUUCAAUCCUCCUCGGUUGGGGGCCGAGACCCUGCCCAAGGCCACUGUCAACUUGGAAGUGUGGCGAAGCCUCAGUGACAAGCUGCGGCUGACCCAGAACUAUGAGGCCUACAGCCACCUCCUGUGUUACUUGCGCGGCCUCAACCGGCAAGCUGCCACCGCCGAACUCCGGCGCAGUCUGGCCCAUUUCUGCACCAGUCUCCAGGGCCUGCUGGGCAGUAUUGCAGGUGUCAUGGCCGCUCUGGGCUACCCACUGCCGCAGCCUCUGCCAGGGACUGAGCCAGCCUGGGCCCCUGGCCCUGCCCACAGUGACUUCCUCCAGAAGAUGGAUGACUUCUGGCUGCUGAAGGAGCUGCAGACCUGGCUGUGGCGUUCAGCCAAGGACUUCAACCGGCUUAAGAAGAAGAUGCAGCCGCCGCCGGCAGCUUCGGUCACCCUGCACUUGGAGGCCCAUGGCUUCUGAUUUCUGACCCUUAACUCCUGCCAGUCCCCUGCCCCAGUCAGCUGUGUUUCCAUUCUGGGGUGGAAAAAACAAACCUGUAUACCAACAUUUGUUGAGCCAGGAAACAGACGGUGGGAACUCCGUCCUCCUCUGCCUUGGAUGGGGAGUGUAGCUCGAUAAGCCCUGUCCCCUGACCAGCUCCUAGAGUCCUAGGGUCUGGGGAAAAGGUGAAGUGGGCAUUAUCCUGUUGCCACAGAGGUAACGCUCGAGGGAGUGGAAUGGCUCAGGUGGGUAUAAAGGUGCUCCCUGCCUCCCGCUUUCUGCCUGCCACUGGCCAGUGCCCACUCAGUUCCUCAUGUGGCACUUGCAGAAGCACACCUGGAGGGCAUGGGUGGGGGCCGCUGUAGCUUGUGCCUUUCUGGGGUAAAGCCCCCUGGCUUCCCUCCCUCUCCUUGGAUGGGUGUUGCUCCCCUACCCCAAUAACUACAUAUCCAGUUCAGGAAACAAGGUGGCCAGUCUAAAGAAGGGUGUGAUAGAAAGCGGAGGGGUAGGGUCUGUGCUGGAGGUGGUCUAGAAACCAGAAGAUGUAAUACUAAGAGAGCAGGGCAGGGACAGACCAGACCCAGCAGUCGCCAAGGCCGUUGGUGGCACGGGGCGGAAAACAGAAGCCAUGUGGAGCAUCAGGACCUCGCCUUGAAUUGUCUUGCCGGCAUCUCGGUGCCUCCACUCCACCCCUUUCCCAGGGUAUCUGUGGUUGCCUGGGCUGGGGAGGGCAGCCACAGCCACAGGGUUUCCUGAAAGUUUACAUUGCAGUAGCAUUGUGGGGUGAGGGGGAUGGCUCCCCAGGCCCUACCCCCAGCCCCCACCCACUCAUGACUCUAAGUUUGUUGUAUUAAUAUUUAUUUAU